AUGGUGCCGCCCGGGCGCCGGCGGGGCCGCUCGCCGCCGCCGCCGCUGCUGCUGCUCGCGCUGCUCGCGCUGCUGGGAGGCGGCGGCGCCGCGGCGCUGCCCCCCGGCUGCAAGCACGACGGGCGGCCUCGAGGGGCCGGCAGGGCGGCGGGCGCCGCCGAGGGCAAGGUGGUGUGCAGCAGCCUGGAGCUCGCGCAGGUCCUGCCCCCGGACACGCUGCCCAACCGCACGGUCACCUUGAUUCUGAGUAACAAUAAAAUAUCCGAAUUGAAGAAUGGCUCAUUUUCUGGGUUAAGUCUCCUUGAAAGAUUGGAUCUCCGGAACAACCUUAUUAGUAGUAUAGAUCCAGGUGCCUUUUGGGGACUGUCGUCACUGAAACGAUUGGACCUGACAAACAAUCGGAUAGGAUGUCUGAAUGCAGACAUAUUUCGAGGACUCACCAAUCUGGUUAGGCUAAACCUUUCAGGGAAUUUGUUUUCUUCAUUAUCUCAAGGAACUUUUGAUUAUCUUGGCUCAUUACGGUCUUUGGAGUUUCAGACUGAGUACCUUCUGUGCGAUUGUAACAUACUGUGGAUGCAUCGCUGGGUAAAGGAGAGGAACGUCACCGUGCGGGACACCAGGUGUGUUUAUCCUAAGUCGCUGCAGGCCCAGCCAGUCACAGGUGUGAAGCAGGAGCUGUUGACGUGCGAUCCUCCCCUGGAGUUGCCCUCCUUCUACAUGAGUCCAUCUCAUCGUCAGGUGGUGUUUGAAGGAGACAGUCUUCCCUUCCAGUGCAUGGCCUCCUACAUUGACCAGGACAUGCAGGUGCUGUGGUAUCAGGACGGGCGCAUAGUGGAAACUGAUGAAUCGCAAGGUAUCUUUGUUGAAAAGAACAUGAUUCACAACUGCUCCUUGAUUGCAAGUGCCCUAACCAUUUCUAAUAUUCAGGCUGGAUCGACUGGAAAUUGGGGCUGUCAUGUGCAGACCAAACGUGGGAACAAUACGAGAACUGUGGAUAUCGUGGUAUUAGAAAGCUCUGCUCAGUACUGUCCUCCAGAGAGGGUGGUCAACAACAAGGGUGAUUUCAGGUGGCCGCGGACGCUGGCUGGCAUUACCGCGUAUCUGCAGUGCACGCGGAACACCCACGGCAGUGGCAUCUACCCUGGGAGCCCACAGGAUGAGAGGAAGGCCUGGCGCAGAUGCGACAGAGGUGGCUUUUGGGCAGAUGAUGACUAUUCUCGCUGCCAGUACGCAAAUGAUGUCACCAGAGUUCUUUACAUGUUUAACCAGAUGCCCCUCAAUCUCACAAACGCUGUGGCAACGGCUCGGCAGUUACUUGCUUACACCGUGGAGGCAGCCAACUUUUCCGACAAGAUGGAUGUUAUAUUUGUGGCUGAAAUGAUCGAAAAAUUUGGACGAUUUACCAAAGAGGAAAAAUCAAAAGAGCUAGGUGACGUGAUGGUUGACAUUGCAAGUAACAUCAUGUUGGCUGAUGAGCGUGUCCUGUGGCUGGCACAGAGGGAAGCUAAAGCCUGCAGUAGAAUUGUUCAGUGUCUACAGCGCAUCGCCACAUACCGGCUGGCCAAUGGGGCUCAUGUUUAUUCAACAUACUCGCCCAACAUUGCUCUGGAGGCGUAUGUCAUCAAGGCCGCAGGGUUCACGGGGGUGACCUGCACCGUGUUCCAGAAAGUGGCCUCCUCUGACCGCACCGCACUGUCGGAUUAUGGCAGGCGGGAUCCCGACGGAAACCUGGACAAGCAGCUGAGCUUUAAGUGCAAUGUUUCCAAUACGUUUUCAAGUCUGGCCCUGAAGAACACCAUCGUGGAGGCCUCUAUUCAGCUCCCGCCUUCCCUUUUCUCACCAAAGCAAAAAAGAGAGGUGCGGCCAACCGAUGACUCGCUCUAUAAGCUUCAACUCAUUGCAUUCCGCAAUGGAAAGCUGUUUCCAGCCACUGGGAAUUCAACAAACUUGGCUGACGAUGGAAAGCGGCGUUCUGUCGUGACCCCCGUGAUUCUCACCAAAAUAGAUGGUAUGAAUGUGGAUACCCACCACAUCCCUGUUAAUGUGACCCUGCGUCGAAUCGCACACGGAGCAGAUGCUGUCGCCGCCCAGUGGGAUUUCGAUUUGCUGAAUGGACAAGGAGGCUGGAAGUCAGAUGGGUGCCAUAUUCUCUACUCGGAUGAAAACAUCACUACGAUUCAGUGCUACUCCCUGAGUAACUAUGCGGUUUUAAUGGAUUUGACAGGCUCUGAACUUUAUACCCAGGUGGCCAGCCUCCUGCACCCUGUGGUUUACACGACUGCUGUCAUUCUCCUCUUAUGUCUCUUGGCUGUCAUUGUCAGCUACAUAUACCAUCACAGUUUGAUUAGGAUCAGUCUCAAGAGCUGGCACAUGCUCGUGAACUUGUGCUUUCAUAUUUUUCUGACCUGUGUGGUCUUUGUGGGAGGAAUAACUCAAACCAGAAAUGCCAGCGUCUGCCAAGCAGUUGGGAUAAUUCUUCAUUAUUCCACCCUUGCCACAGUCCUGUGGGUGGGCGUGACAGCUCGAAACAUCUAUAAGCAAGUUACUAGAAAAGCAAAGAGGUGCCAGGACCCCGACGAACCACCACCUCCACCAAGACCGAUGCUCAGGUUUUACCUGAUCGGUGGUGGGAUCCCCAUCAUAGUUUGUGGCAUAACAGCAGCAGCCAACAUCAAGAAUUACGGCAGUCGGCCAAACGCACCCUAUUGCUGGAUGGCGUGGGAACCCUCCUUGGGUGCCUUCUACGGACCGGCCAGCUUCAUCACUUUCGUAAACUGUAUGUAUUUUCUCAGCAUAUUUAUUCAGUUGAAAAGACACCCCGAGCGCAAAUAUGAGCUUAAGGAGCCCACCGAGGAGCAGCAGAGGCUGGCGGCCAAUGAACACGGUGAAAUAAAUCAUCAGGAUUCCAUGUCUUUGUCUCUGAUUUCUGCAUCGGCGUUGGAGAACGAGCACACUUUUCACGCUCAGCUCCUGGGGGCCAGCCUGACGCUGCUCUUGUAUGUGGCUUUGUGGAUGUUUGGGGCCUUGGCCGUAUCUCUGUAUUACCCUCUAGACUUGGUGUUCAGCUUCUUUUUUGGAGCCACCUGUUUAAGCUUCAGUGCGUUCAUCGUGGUUCAGCACUGUGUGAACAGGGAGGACGUCAGACUCGCCUGGACCAUGACGUGCUGCCCGGGACGGAGCUCCUACUCGGUGCAAGUCAAUGUACAGCCCCCCAAUACCGGCGGCACGGCCGGCGAGGCUCCGAAAUGCAUCAACAGCAGCGCAGAGUCUUCGUGCACAAACAAAAGCGCAUCGAGCUUCAAAAAUUCCUCCCAGGGCUGCAAAUUAACCAACUUGCAGGCUGCUGCGGCUCAGUGCCAUACCAAUUCCUUACCUUUGAACUCCACUCCGCAGCUUGAUAAUAGUCUGACGGAACACUCAAUGGACAACGAUAUCAAAAUGCACGUGGCCCCUGUUGACGUUCAGUUUCGAACGAAUGCACACCCAGGCCGGCACCAUAAAAAUCGCAGUAAGGGACACCGGGCAAGCCGACUCACGGUCCUGAGGGAGUAUGCCUAUGACGUCCCGACUAGCGUGGAGGGUAGUGUGCAGAACGGCCUGCCUAGAAGUCGCACAGGCAACAGUGAGGGGCACGCGAGGAGUCGGAGAGCUUACCUGGCCUACCGUGAGAGACAGUACAACCCGCCCCACCCGGACAGCAGCGACGCUGGUAGCACGCUUCCCAAGAGCGGCAGGAACUUUGAAAAGCCCGUUUCAACCAGCAGUAAAAAGGAUGCAUUGAGGAAGCCAACCGCAGUGGAACUGGAAAGCCAGCAGAAGUCGUAUGGCCUCAACUUGGCCACUCAGAAUGGACCAACGAAAAGCAGUGGGCAGGAUGGGCCCUUACACGGGGUCGAUAGCACUGGCAAUGUCAGGACCGGGCUGUGGAAACAUGAGACCACCGUGUAGCGCUCCUGGGCUUCCUAGGCAGAAGUUGAUAUGAACUGUGAUAUUCACAUUCCUUUAAGCUCUAAACAUUGGAAAAUAGACGUUUACAGCCACCUGAGGAAUUCAAAUCCAUUUUGAAUAAAUUUCUAAAGUUUGGAUUUCAUUUGUUUUGUAUCCCCAAAUUGUUGCCUUCCCCCCCUUAGAAAAUUUACAGAAAACCUUGAAACCAUUGUUUUAGUUGUCAAAGCCCCAAUAGGACAAUUUUGGGAAUCCAAAAUGUAAUGACUUGGACUCUGUACUGUUGAAUUAACAUUUCAAGCUUGUAUUUAAUAUAAUAAAUAGGCA